CGUGGAUCCAAGACACCCGCGCGGAGCGCCAAAAGUUUAAUGUUUACGUAGUUUUUUUCGAUUUCUAGUCUUGUGAUCCAUGGGCACGCGCAGAUUUAGCGCCGAUCAGCGCCGAUCUGUCGUCUACUAGCGUCUAGCGUCGGCCAGCGCGGAUUUUCAAGAGGAAGCAAGAUGGCACGGGAGGAUUCCAUGAGUUGCAACCGACGAGGCCCGGUUCGUCAUGCGGCGUUUUGGCGUCGCCGACGCCGAGGUCCCCGUGCUCAGCGACGUGGUGGCCGAGGACAGCAGGUUCGUGUUGGUGGACUUCAACGGCAUGGCCAAGGGGCCGCAGAACUCCUUCCCGGAGGGCUCCGUGCCCUCGCUGCUCGGGGAGGGCGGCAUGUGGCAGACGCCGCCGGUCAUGGGCUCGAUCGACCACCAUGCGCUGCAGCUGACGGGGGUCAAGGUCACGGACGUGCCCGUCGACUUCUGCGGCGAGGUCGGGCCGAAUGGGUUCCGGGUGGAGACUCACCCCUGGGGAAGCGCCUGCAGCAUCGUGGCCACGAAGUUCCAGGGGUCAGGCCGCCCCCCGAGCGAGAGAGCCGCAGGCAUGCUCCUGGGCGGCAUCCUCUCUGACACGCUCGGCCUCACCGGCCCCACCACCACCGAGCACGACAGGCAGGCAGUGGAGUUCUUGAAGCCGUUCGCCAACAUCGAAGACCAUUCUGCCUUCUAUGGGGAGAUGGCGGAGGCGAAGUCGGAGAAGUUCUUGAGCAUGCCUCUGGUGGAGGUGUUCGGCAGCGACCUCAAAGUGUUCGACCCUCUGCCGCAGGCCAAGCUUGCCAUCGGCGUUGUGGAGGUGGCCAAUCGCAAGAUCUACGAGGGCCUGCUCGGCAAGCCGGCCUCGGAGCUGGCGGCCGGGAUCGAGGGCGUCUCCGAGCAGUACUGCUCGGAGGCAGGACCAGAGAAGGCCUGCGUGGUCUUCGUCGUGCUCGUGGACACGAAGGACCAGGUGAGCUCGACCCUGCUGCUGAGGGCACCCGCAUCGGCGCAGCCGUCCGCGAGGUGCAUCGCGGUCAGGGCGUUCUCGCUGGACCGGGCGACCAACCGGCUGCCCGCGGACAAGGAGUGCCGGCCGAAGCACGCGGCAGAGAGGCAGCUGCCCUCCGGGGACCCCGCGGGCCGGGGCCUCUUGCACGUGAUCUCGACGGGCCGCUCGACCCCGGUGUGCAUCUCGCGCAAGUCUCAGCUGCAGCCCUCCCUGGAGGCCGCGCUGAGAGACCUGUACGGCCCGGAGCGAGGGGCGCCGGGGUACGCCUGCGAGGACCAGGAGGAGGAAA